UACAACCAAACGGUUCGGUUUCAAAUCACUGCGCCUUCGUUUCGAUUUCGUGUGUGUGCAUGUGCUUGUGCUGAUGCUCGCAGACGACUCUGUGAUACGGUAGCGUUAAAGCAUAUAAACUGAAAAUACUUUACCAAAAGAAAGUAAAAAACGAAGAGAAAUAAAUAUUUAAUAAUCAGAAAGGAGACAUUGGUAAUGACAGUGAAUUUCGACGGCGACACAAUUUGUGUGACUUGAAAAGUGUACGUGUGUGCCCCCGUAUACAUACAUACGAGUAUAUCAAACGCGAGUAUUGUCAAAGUGAAAACAUAAACGCCCAUUAAAUCGACUAAAUACAAAUGAAGCAUUGAGCAAAACAACCAGUAAAAUUAAUUAUAAAAGAGAGGAUUAUAGAUUAAUUCUAUAGCUGCUCACAACACUCAAUACAUUAGAGGGCACCCAUUCAUUAAUCAGUAAGAGCGACUACUCAAGAGCACUUCUCGACAACAUUGGGAAAGUAACGUCAUAAUACUCAACAUGAUUCUGCGAACCGCAUUCAUUUCAGUUUUUCUGCUGUACACCUAUCAUUGCCUCGCUCAGUCGACCAAUGAACUCGAUGCAGCACUGCCAGAACCACGUGCUUAUAUACCUGAUUCACAGUUUCUGGACUUUGUUUAUCACGACCAUGAUGAAUUGACAAGAUUUCUGAGAUCCACCAGCGCACGUUACCCCAACCUAACAGCGCUUUACUCCAUUGGUAAAUCCAUACAAGGACGCGAUCUUUGGGUCAUGGUAGUCUCGUCAUCUCCCUAUGAACAUAUGGUUGGUAAGCCGGAUGUUAAGUAUGUGGGAAACAUACAUGGCAAUGAGCCGGUGGGUCGUGAACUGCUGCUACAUCUGAUACAGUACUUUGUGACUAGCUACAAUAGCGAUCAAUAUGUCAAAUGGUUGUUGGACAAUACGCGUAUACACAUUAUGCCAUCAAUGAAUCCGGAUGGCUAUGCGGUGUCCAAAGAAGGUGCCUGCGAUGGUGGGCAGGGCAGAUACAAUGCACGCGGUUUCGAUUUGAAUCGCAAUUUCCCAGACUACUUCAAGCAGAACAACAAGCGGGGACAACCCGAAACAGAUGCCGUCAAGGAUUGGAUAUCGAAAAUUCAGUUUGUGUUGAGCGGCAGUUUGCAUGGUGGCGCCUUGGUGGCGAGUUAUCCUUACGACAAUACGCCCAACUCUAGAAUAUGUAGAUCAUCGGCUUUAUGCGCGAUGUUCCAAACCUAUUCGGCCGCUCCUUCGCUCACGCCCGACGAUGAUGUCUUCAAGCAUUUGUCACUCGUUUACGCGAAAAAUCAUGCGAAGAUGUCACGUGGCGUAGCUUGUAAAUCGGCGACGCCCGCUUUCGAGAACGGCAUUACAAAUGGCGCUGCCUGGUAUCCACUCACCGGGGGCAUGCAGGAUUACAAUUACGUUUGGUAUGGCUGCAUGGAGGUGACGCUGGAAAUUUCAUGUUGCAAAUAUCCGCCCGCCUAUGAAUUGAAAAAGUAUUGGGAGGAUAAUCAAUUGUCCAUGAUUAAAUUCUUGGCCGAGGCUCAUCGUGGCGUACAAGGUUUCGUGCUGGAUCCCACCGGCGCACCAAUUGAACGCGCUUCACUGAAAAUCAAGGGACGUGAUGUUGGUUUUCAGACGACGAAGCAUGGUGAGUUCUGGAGAAUACUGCUGCCGGGAUACUACAAACUGGAGGUAUUCGCCGAAAGCUUUGCUCCACGUGAAGUGGAAUUCAUUGUCGUCGAGCAGCAUCCAACGCUGCUAAAUGUCACAUUGACACCAUCAAAGCUGCUUGUUAUACCAACAACAAUUACAACAACCACAACAAGUGAAAUAACAACAGUUGAGAGCAACGACAGGAUUGGAAAUGAUAGGAUAAUUUUCCCUAGUAACUAAGUGCUUUUAACAUUAGACAAAUUUCCAAAAAUAAUCAGUUACUAAAAUUAGAAAAUAAUCAAAAAACGCUACUUAAAUUUUUUCUAAAGUAGUAGCUGUACAUAGGCAUCUUUUUGCCUAAAAGUUAUAAGUGUAAAUAUAUAUGUAUAUAUGUACAUAUCAUUAAGCUCAAAAGCUCUUUUAUUUUAUAUUUAACUUAAGGGGUUAUACCUAUCUCUUGUGAGCCCGAAAAAAUGGACGAUUGUCAUAAUUUUUUUAAAUAUGUUUCAGAACUUUUAUUCAAAUGAGGCAUAUGUCAUACUGAAGGGUAACUCUCGAUGAAUACAUUUUGGUGUUUUUAUUUAAAAAAAUGUUAUUAUUUAUUGUUAAUAUCGCCCCUCCCCCGAAACGUCGUUUUUUAGAAGAUGCUUGCGGUGAUCACGGAAACGCAUGAGCAGCUCAACUGAAAUCAAAAAAAUUAAAUGAUUAUUGUAGAAAAAUGUUUUUUAGUGAAUCUGAACGGUUUAUUUACACACAAAAAAAUUUUUCUCGAUAUGAAAACCGCUUUGCACCAAAAAACGAUUUUUGAGGGGUUGAAAAAUUAAAAAAAAAGAAAUGAAUUCCAGCGAACUAUGCAAAUAUUUAUAAAAAGUGAACCGUUCAGAUUCACGAGGUUGUAACUUCGUUGUAAAAAGUUUAUGCAAAUCGGUCAAAUAGUUUUUGAUAAAUAAUGAUCACCCCGACGGUAAUUUUCAAAAAGCACGACUUCGAGAUAAUCGCGUCUAAAGUUUUGCGCUAAGCCUCGUUUCAAGAAAGGUCGCGCGCAUCCACGGUCUGUAACUUUUGUUCUAGUGCUCCGAUUUUUAUGAUUUUUUGAAUUUAUAUUUUUAAGAUGAUGUACUUUUAGAAUAUGCCAUAAAAAAAUUUUCGAUUUUUUAGUCCAGCACAAGGUAUAGAACCCCUUAAGGGGUCCCGGUGGUCUAGAGCUCGAAAAUUUAGGGUAUUUUUAGGAUUUUUUUUACAAUAAAAGAAAUUAAAAACGUUAUUUAAAUUUUUUAGGCUUUUUAUUUAACUUCAAACUACUACAACAUUUUUUAUAAUUUUAAUAAUUUAAAAAAUAGCGCUUAAGUUGACCCUCCUGAAAACUUGGACCACGACGGUGUUGUCCAUUUUGACUCUUUUAUUUAUCUGAAACACAAAAACCAAAAAAAUUAUUAAUUAGUAUAACUGUAGCUAUGUCCCGUACAAAAACAAAAAAAAAAAAAUU